AUGUCGUCCGAGGCGGCGAAGGUGGUGGUGCCGGAGUCGGUGCUCCUCAAGAGGAAGCGGGAGGAGCUCUGGGCCGCCGAGAAGAAGACCAAGGCCGUCGAGGAGAAGAAGAAAUCCAGCGAGAACGUCAAGGUCAUCUACGCCCGCGCCAAGCAGUACGCCGAGGAGUACGAUGCCCAGGACAAGGAGUUGGUUCAGCUUAAGCGUGAGGCCCGGAUGAAGGGUGGGUUCUAUGUCAGUCCUGAGGCUAAGCUGCUGUUUGUUGUCAGAAUCAGAGGUAUCAAUGCCAUGCACCCAAAGACCAAGAAGAUCUUGCAGCUGUUGCGUUUGAGACAGAUAUUCAAUGGAGUGUUCCUGAAGGUUAACAAGGCCACCAUCAACAUGCUCCGCAGGGUCGAGCCAUAUGUUGCAUAUGGGUACCCGAACCUGAAGAGUGUGAGGGAGUUGAUCUACAAAAGAGGUUAUGGCAAGCUCAACAAGCAAAGGAUUCCUUUGACCAACAACAAGGUCAUCGAGGAGGGUCUUGGAAAGCACAACAUCAUCUGCAUUGAGGACCUUGUGCAUGAGAUCUUGACCGUCGGUCCUCACUUCAAGGAGGCCAACAACUUCCUGUGGCCCUUCAAGCUGAAGGCGCCGCUGGGAGGCCUCAAGAAGAAGAGGAACCACUACGUCGAGGGUGGCGACGCCGGCAACCGCGAGAACUACAUCAACCAGCUCGUCAGGAGGAUGAACUAG